AUGGGGACCAAGGGCGGCGGAGGAGGAGAGAUUAUCCAAGUCCAAGGAGGCCACAUUGUUCGCUCCACGGGCAGGAAAGACCGUCACAGCAAGGUCUACACCGCCAAAGGCCCCAGAGACCGCCGGGUCAGGCUCUCUGCCCACACCGCCAUCCAAUUCUACGAUGUGCAGGACCGCCUCGGCUACGACCGGCCCAGCAAAGCCGUCGAUUGGCUCAUCAAGAAGGCCAAAUCGUCCAUCGACAAACUGGCCGAGCUUCCUCCCUGGCAUCCCACCGCCGCCGACAGCGCUAAUGACGAGGAGGGUUUGGAAUCCGAACACAACCCCAGGGAACUGGACAUGGCAGAGCAAUCGGAGUCCUCUGGCUACGGCUUUCAGCUUCACCGGCAAUUGGGAGGCGAGAACGUCGGCAACCACUCCGCGCCGCCGUCGUUCCUUCAGAUAGAUCCCGACGGGAUUCCCGAGACCAUGAAAUCCUUCUUCCCCACCAGCUCCACCACCUUAUCCAUGAAUUUCCAGAGCUACCCACCCGAUCUAAUGUCCAGGACAGCCAAUCACAGCGAGGAUCUGGGCUUAUCGCUUCACUCGUUUCAAGACCAGGCCCUGAUUCCCCACCAGCAGCAGCCGGAUACGGGUAAUACCCGACCGGGUACCCACCACAGCCUGUUCCAGACCGGGUCGGGCGGGUUCGAUGCGAAUUUCCAGAGAAUGGUGGCUUGGAGCGCCGAAUCGGGCGGCGGGAGCAGAGGCGACGGCGGCGGCGGCGGCGGGGUGUUCGGAUUCAAUAAUAAUCCGCAUCAUCAUCAACUGUCGCCGCAUGCAGCAUUGAUGAUAGGCCAAGGUUCGUCGGGUUUGUCAUCUCAGAGUCAGAGGAGUCCCCUUCAGUCCAGUGGGUUUGUGCAGUCUAUUCGCGCUUGGAACGAUCUUCCGAUGGGCGCGGCUGCAGAGAACCAUCACCCACACCACCACCACCAACAACAACAACACAACAGCAGCGGCAGCAACCAGAGAGCCCACGAGUUCCAUCAGUCGAUGCUGUUCGGGAGCCGGUUUCUCGGGUCGGAAGGGAUUCAUGGGUUCCGCAUUCCGGCCAGGAUACACGGCGAGGAGGACGGCAGCGUCGUUUCUGACAGGGCGCCUUCCUCCGCUUCUCCCCGUUCAGCUGACCACUGA